GUGAAUGUGAAAUGGAUUAAAUUGAAAUGGAUACCCACGGGAUGGACCUGUUUGCUGUGGCAGUCCAUGAGUUUGGCCAUGCCAUUGGAUUAACCCACAUCUCUGCCACUGAGUCAAUCAUGAGGCCAUAUUACCAAGGCCCUGUUGGAGAUCCCCUGAAAUAUGACCUCCCUUAUGAAGACAAAGUUCGGAUCUGGCAGCUGUAUGGGGUUCGGGAGUCCGUGUCCCUAACAGCAAAACCUGAGAUAUCCAAAACAAAUGACCACCCCAUCUUGCUGGACUUGCCAGAGAAUCGUUCCACUAUCCCGCUCAGACAAGAUGUGCCUAACAGAUGCAACACUCACUUUGAUGCAGUGGCUCAGAUUCGUGGGGAGGCUUUCUUCUUCAAAGCACAACAAAAGACAUGCUUUUACAACCAUCUCCCUCAGGAAGAGAAUGGAAGUGCUUCAAGAGUAUACAGAGAGGUAAGUUGGUCCAACCCAGGACCAUCUGGCCAAGGGCAUGCAAAGAGAUUAAGAUGGUCUGCCACAGGAGGCUUAUGGAUCUGGAUGGAUUCCUGAUGGCUCUUGAGGAGUUUCCUGUUGCCUAGGGCUGAUCUCUGGAAUAUGGAAAUAGCCAGGAUAGUCGACCUGUUUGUCCCUAAGUGAUACUCCCACAAAACGGAGCUAAAUAUGCCCCCUGCUUCACUGGGGAGCUGACUGUGACGAAACAAGUGGGACGGAGACUAGAGUGAUACUGGUGGAAGACUUGGAGCAAGUCUGACCAAACACAGGCUAGAACUCAUUGGAAAGUCUAUGCCAUGCCC